UUUUUUUGAAAAUUCAAAAAUGUACACUUCCACAAAUAGCCAAAGAGAACCCAUACCUUGAUUUGAAAAGAUGAAUUCCAUCCUUGAUCAAGAGAUAGUGCAUGUUGACCAGAGAGCUUCCUCAAGAGGUGUUCAAAGACAUGUUUCUAACUUUAGCACACAUUCCAAUUCAUCAAGGGAGGAUUUUACCUUCAGAGAUGGAAAAAAUAGACCUAAUUGAGACAUAGAAGACCCCUUUAGGCCAGAGCCUGAGAUCACUGAAAUGAAGAGGCUUAGAGAGAAAGUGGAAAGACUUGAGAAAGCCUGUAAAUAAAUCAACCAAGAUCUGGAAGAGGUGUGAGACCAAGUAUAAUGCAUACCUCACUGGGGAUAACAAGGAGAAUGUAAAUUCGUUAAAUUUCACCCAGACUAAGAUCAAGCCAACCAAGUUUGCCAAGGGCCGACCAAAGGCCAAGAUAGUUAAAAGGCCAGGGUCAGCUAUCAGGUCUGCUAAAUCUCUUAAGUCUAGUAGAAGCAAGAGCCGAAAUCUUAAAGCACCCAACCAGGGAUAUGACCGGAAUGACUUCUGAACUACUUCUAAUCUUCAAUUCUCACGUAAAAAAUUGUCUAAAAAGGAGUCUCAGAAUCAUAAGCUCCAACAAGAGAUUAAAAGACUCAAAGAAAAGAACAAGAAGUGGAAGAACAAGUACAAUAACUUAAAGGACGAGCAUGAGAAAGUAGUCAACUAUGUCAACAUGUAUUUGGCUUAUCAACAGCAAAAUUAUUAAAUCAACAGAAGAAAUUAUUAAG